AUGGCCUUGGUGAGAGGCUCAAAGAGGUCGAGGUAUGGAUGGACGCAAGCUGAACAUGACCUCAAUACCUUCGUCAUCAGGAGCGACCAAGGCAACCUCGAUGGGAACGUCAUCACAGAUAACAAAUUCAUCAAUCUUGACAGACUUGCUGCUGCGUUCAUCGACCUGAAUCACGGCCUCAAUAGCCAUGGAGAAGUAACCAGCGGCAGGGAACACAGCUUCACCACCAAGGCAGUAGUCACGGAGCCAAGCCACAUCUCUGAUACGGAGGACAUUACGCUAGACAGGCUCAACAGCAGAGUAACCAGGCAUGCGGAUACACAAGACAUCGUGCAAGGGGUACUUGAUGGAACGGUGCUCAAGGGACUGACGAGGCUCGGCCCAGAACUUUCGGGGGUAGUGCCACAUGUAGGUUGGCACGUCAAUAAUAACCUUACCCUUGAGGAGCUGAGCAGCGGAGUCUUCGUUACGGACCAACGUGGGGAUGUAUCCAAGGUUGUUGUAGCCAAACUCCCUGCAGAUCUGCUUGAUAGGGCCAGAAAGAGUAGUAUGGGGCUUGAUCUCGAUCAAAGCAUCAACGGAGAGGUCGUCGGAGGUAGCAAGAGUUUGGACAGCCUGGUUGAACAACACGGGGCUGAUCAAGUUCUGGCACCAGCUCGGUCUUCUUUCUGCGUACGGGCGCUCGAUAAGGACUUGAAUGCGUCAAAACAUCACAUUCAAGAUAAGAGAGGGGUUGCAUAA